AUGUUUACACUUUUACCGUCUCUUUAUAUUAUUGCUGUUCAUUACUUUCGACAAUGGAAUGCACCUUACUAUUACGAAGAAAAUAUUCAUGCAGAAGAAGAAGAAACGAAAACAUAUCGUACGUGUUCUAUUCAUGAAGACAAUCGUAUUGAAUUAGCAACGAAUGUACAAUCAUCAAAAUCGAUGCCAAGUUGUGAUAAUAAUCCUGUUCUUCUUCACGAUAAUAAAGAAACGCUGAUAAUUAGCGAACAAUUGACUCGUUCGAACCUUGUGAAAAAAAAUGGAUAUUUAUCGAAAUCGAACAAUGACGAGGACGAACAGUUAGCUAAAUUAAAACUACGGGCGAGAAAACCUCUCCGAUCCUCGUCAUUGUUGAAUGUCGGACGACAAAAAACCUACACAAAUGAUCUUAGUGAAAAUGAUAUUAUUCAUUUAAUGAACGAGACAGGAUUUACUCGAGAGCAAAUCUUAUUGUGGCAUAGUGAUUUUCUUCGUGAUUGUCCCGAUGGACGACUCUCCAAAGCGAAGUUUAUUGAUAUUUACAAACAAUUCUACAAGAAAGGUCAGGUUGCAAAGUUUUGCGAACAUGCCUUUCGUGUCUUUGAUAAAGAUGGUUCAGGUUUUAUAGAUUUUGUCGAGUUUCUGAUUGCUGUUAGUAUGACAUCGACGAAAGAUCCUGUGCGCAAAACUGAAUUAUUCUUUUCAAUGUAUGACAUUGAUCGAAACGGUUUGAUCGAUGAAAGUGAAAUGCGAUGUGUCGUUGAGUCUAUCUACGAAUUGAUGGGCAUUGAUGUCCAUGAUUCGACGAGGAUCGACAUGAAAGUUCAAGAAAUCUUCGCCAAAGCUGAAUGUGAUCAAUCUGGAUACUUAACUAAGGACCAAUUCGCUUUGGCGUGUAAGAACGAUCGAUAUAUUCGAAAACUUCUAGUGCCAAAUACGAAAGCGCCUAGCAAUCGGUGA